ACAAUGAAAGAGCUUCAAUCCAAAAUAAUAACUGAGGUUUCCCAAACAAAAUCAAAAGAUCAUGCUAGCCGGCUGGAGAGCACUAUGAAUGAAACUUCGAAGAUUGCCAAGAGGAUCAAAGAUAGCUUGCAUGAUAUGGAAUCAGAGAAUGAAACAUAUAAGGAGAAGCACGGGGAGGGUUCUUCUCAAGCUAAGAUCCACAUCAAUAUUCAUGGCUCCUUAACGAAGAAAUUCGUCGAAUUGAUGCAAGAAUACGAAGAAACACAGGGGAAAUACAAGUCUCUUCUUCAUGAAAGGGUUGAGCGACAGGUCAAAGUUGUAAAUCCAAACGCAACAGAAGAAGAAAUCAAGCAAGCGGUUGAAAGUGGGGGGAGCGAUAUCUUUGCCGACAGACUGCUCUCUAAAGCGGAUCAGGUUGCAUUGAACGCAUAUGCUGAAGUUCAAAGCAAGCACGAGGAGCUCAUGAAGCUUGAGGCCUCCAUCCGUGAAGUCCAUCAGCUCUUCAUGGACAUGGCGAUCAUGGUAGAACAGCAGGGGGAGAUGCUAGACAACAUCGAAGAGCUGGUCUCAAAAUCUGCUGAGUAUACUGAGAGUGGAGUCGAGCAACUCAUACAAGCCAAGAAGCUACAGAAGAAAGCACGCAAGAAGAUGUGUUGUCUGGUCGUAUGCUUCACAGUCGGUCUCCUUAUCAUGCUCUCCUUCGUCACGAAUUUCUUGAUUCCUAGAAUAUAAA